AAACCAAUCAACCAGACCAGACCUGACCUCCCCCGCCAGCAUCUAUCCAGCGCCAAAUCCUCCCCAACUUCUCUCUCUCUGUCAUACAGAUCCGCAUCGACCAUGGCUUCCGAUUCAUCUCCGGGCAACAUCAAUGGCGGUCCAUCAUCACCUGAUGACAUAAUUUCGAGCCCAAUUGGGAACACGCUGUCAUCCCCUGGAGAUAGCACUCGCCGAAAGCGAGGUCGCCGCUCCACUGCUGCAUAUGCCACCCCACCGCCGCCUGCAAGCUCUCGUUUCGCCACUCCCGAGGGCACCCCAACCCUAUCCAGCACAAAUCCACGCCGAGGCAGAAGGAGAGUAUCUACCGCUACCCCCACUGGUGCUGCAGCUACGCCUUCCUCCACCGAUGACGGCCCACCUUCUUCUGAAGCCGGUGACGCUGAUGAUGCUGAUGAAACCCCGCCAAUGUAUGUCUGGGGAACUAACAUAAGCGUUCAAGAUGUGAAUGCGGCAAUUUUAAGGUUUUUGAGGCAUUUUCGCGAAAACCCUUCUCAAACUGAAGGGAAAUACAUGAGGGCUAUCAAUUAUGUAAUUGAAAUUGAAGGGGAUUCACUUGAUGUCGAUGCACAUGACGUGUUUGAUUAUGAUAGCGAUCUUUAUGCCAAAAUGGUUAGGUACCCUCUUGAAGUUCUUGCAAUUUUUGAUAUUGUGUUGAUGGAUAUGGUUAGUAGAAUCAACCCUUUGUUCGAAAAGCAUAUACAAGCAAGGAUUUUCAACCUAAAGGUCUCCACUUCAAUGAGAAGUCUCAAUCCAUCUGAUAUUGAAAAGAUGGUGUCGUUGAAGGGAAUGAUUAUUAGAUGUAGUUCAAUUAUACCUGAGAUCAGGGAAGCAAUUUUUAGAUGCCUUGUAUGCGGCUACUACUCUGAUCCUGUUGUUGUGGACAGAGGAAGGAUUAAUGAGCCUUUGAUUUGUGGGAAGCAAGAAUGUCUUGCCAGAAAUUCCAUGACCCUUGUUCAUAAUAGAUGCAGGUUUGCUGAUAAACAGAUUGUAAGACUCCAGGAGACACCUGAUGAGAUCCCAGAGGGAGGAACACCUCACACGGUAAGCUUGUUAAUGCAUGACAAGCUGGUAGAUGCUGGGAAGCCUGGUGACAGGGUUGAGGUAACAGGAAUUUACAGGGCUAUGAGUGUCAGAAUUGGGCCAACACAGAGAACUGUGAAAUCACUGUUUAAGACAUACAUUGACUGUCUUCACCUGAAGAAGACUGACAAGUCAAGAAUGCAAGCAGAAGAUCCCAUGGAAACUGAAAAUGGCACUGCUAGAAGUGAUGACGACACUAUUGACUAUGACAACAAGGUGGAAAAGUUAAAGGAACUUUCUCAGCUGCCUGAUAUAUAUGAACGGUUAACAAGAUCUUUGGCACCAAACAUAUGGGAGUUGGAAGAUGUAAAAAAGGGACUUCUUUGCCAGCUUUUUGGUGGAAAUGCAUUGACAUUACCAUCUGGGGCAAGCUUCCGCGGCGACAUUAACAUUCUUCUAGUUGGUGACCCGGGAACCAGUAAAUCCCAGCUUCUUCAGUACAUUCACAAGCUGUCUCCUCGUGGAAUCUAUACAAGUGGACGAGGAAGCUCAGCCGUUGGACUAACAGCUUAUGUUACCAAAGAUCCCGAGACUGGUGAAACUGUUCUCGAAAGUGGAGCCUUGGUUUUGAGUGACAGAGGAAUUUGCUGUAUUGAUGAAUUUGAUAAAAUGUCUGAUAAUGCAAGGAGCAUGUUACAUGAGGUGAUGGAGCAACAAACAGUUUCAAUAGCCAAGGCGGGAAUUAUUGCUUCACUAAAUGCUAGAACUUCAGUUUUGGCUUGUGCAAAUCCAAUUGGUUCACGUUAUAAUCCUCGUUUGUCAGUGAUUGAUAACAUACAUCUUCCUCCUACCCUGUUAUCUAGGUUUGAUCUCAUCUACUUAAUUCUUGACAAGGCAGAUGAGCAGAUAGACAGGCGUCUUGCAAAGCACAUUGUUGCACUACACUUUGAAAAUCCUGAGAUUUUGCAGGAGGACAUCAUCGACCUUCCAACUUUAACUGCUUACAUGAGCUAUGCAAGAAAAAAUAUACAUCCUCAACUUUCUGAUGAAGCUGCUGAAGAGUUGACUAGAGGUUAUGUUGAGAUGAGAAGAAGGGGAAAUUUUCCAGGCAGUAGCAAGAAGGUCAUAACAGCAACGCCAAGACAAAUUGAGAGUUUGAUACGCCUGAGUGAGGCUUUGGCUAGGAUUCGAUUCUCUGAAUGGGUCGAAAAGCAGGAUGUAAUGGAGGCUUUCCGGCUUCUUGAAGUUGCGCUGCAGCAGUCCGCAACAGAUCAUUCUACUGGAACCAUUGACAUGGAUCUAAUCACAACUGGAGUUUCUGCAAGUGAGCGGAUGAGAAGAGAGAAUUUAGUAUCAACCACCCGCAACAUAAUAAUGGAGAAAAUGCAAAUAGGUGGAUCCUCAACCCGCCUGCUGGAGUUGCUGGAAGAGUUGAAGAAGCAAAAUUCUGGUGCUGAAGUUCACCUCAAUGAUCUGCGGAAUGCUCUAGCCACUCUUGCAAGUGAAGGUUUCGUUGUUGUCCAUGGUGACAGUGUGAAAAGAAUAUGAUUAAACCUUAACCGGAGGAGUUGGAAUGUGACUGGCAGGCCAUGCACUUGGUGCUGGGAAGCGGUUUUGAUUAUACGCCUAGAGUCUCUUGCAGCUCGUAAACUCGUUGUGCUGCUCGGAAUGGCCAGCAUCUUGCAUUCAUCAUAAAGUCGUUUUGUUCUGCUGACAUGGAGCUUCGACCUCCUAAUCUGUAUCGGGGCAUGUGAUGCUAGUUGGACAGUGAUGUCGCGCGUUAAAUGAAAAUCUUGAAAGAGGUUCUGAAAAGCUGCUGUGAUGGAGAGGUCAUCCAUAUUGUAAAUUAUGUAAAUUUCUUUGCUAGACACCGGGAAGGAUGCAAAUGCGAGAUCAAUCAUCAAUGAAAGAUGAAUUGACUUGAGCAGCAUGCCUUGAUCCUUUGAAUAUGAGUUACUCCGUCGUGUCGUACGGGUGCUUAUUAUUCUUCAUCAGUUCUUAAUUUCCAAUUUUUUUUUUUUGGUUCUUUUUUCCCUGGAGAACGCUAUAGCUUAAAAUAUUUUAUGAAAGAAGUCCUGAAAUAUUAGCAA